GCGCUUUGUUUUAUACCCAUUAAGACUACUUCCUUUUCGCAAAUUGCGCUGAAAACAAGCGUACGCGGCACCAUGGCCUGGCAGUCACCCUCUGCGCACAACUCCUCCCCCGAUGGGAAUAAUGGGAACGGUGGCCUUCAAGGGAACGGUGCCAAUGGGGGCUCUGGAGACGGUGCUGUUGGGACAGAGUAUACCUUACAGGGUGAGGGAUAUUACUGAUCGGCUGUGCUGGGCUAUGGAGAGCUGAUUAGAGGUGCGAUUUAGGUGUCAUGAGGUUUUUGCAGACAGAAUGGCAUCGUCACGAACGGGAUCGUAAUUCGUGGGAGAUAGAACGUGCGGAGAUGAAGGCUAGAAUCGCGAAGCUGGAAGGGGAGAAUAGGGCGGCAAACAGGUUACACCAAGGGUUCCUGACGAGGAUAAAAAUGCUCGAGACAGCGUUGAAGAAGGAGAGGACAUCAAAGGGAUUGGAGGGGGCCGGGGGGGAUGGGCAAGGAGGUCAGAGGGCUACGGUGGAGAACUCGAUCAAUGUAAAGUGUGGGUUUGGGAUCACGAUUGGGCUCGGGGGUGUCUUGAGUUUGCGGAAAGAAGGCUAACGUGUUUGUUAUGCUUAGCAUCUCAGCCGCCGAACCCCCUUGGAGAAUCCUCGUCACUUUACAGAGCUGAGGCUGCUAGAAAUAAGAGUCGGGUAUAUCUGGAGAAAUGUCUGCAGGAGAUCACGUAUUUGCUUACCCCACCAAAUCACCCCCCACCUCAGCAUCAGCCUCCUAUCAAUAUGGAGUCUAUACUGCAGCAGCACCAUCAACAGCAGCAACAGCAACCCCAGCAUCAGGCACUUCAACAGCCUUCUCCGUCUCCCAAUCACCAGCCUCCAUGCCCGCCAGGACAGGCUAGUAACCACUUAGGCAAUGCUGGGAUGCUUUCUGGACACCAAUCGUACCCGCAUAGUCGUGCCUCGCUAUCUCGAUCUCAUGAGAUGGGUGGUCAGCAAACCUCGUUCCGCCAGGAAUCGCAGAUCCAAUCUCAGCCUCAGAUUAAUAUUCCCUCGGACUCGGGCGAGCAGUCAGAUGAAACAUCGCAACAGCAAGAUACCUUUUCCUCAGGUUCAGAUUAUGGCGAAGCCGAUACAAACCCCUUCUCGGCCUCUGUGCCUGCUGUGGCCGAAAAUGCUAUAGGGUCUCCAGCGCCUGGCGAUAUUGAUUCGUGGGAUUUUGACGAGACAACUCGAGUUGGCGGCGGUGAUCCGGAAGUUGCUAAUAGUCACACAAGAGAGACCGAACAAUAUAGUUCAAGUAGUCAUACGGGGAAGGCCAAUAGUGUUAAUCGAAGGAAACUUUCUGCAUCAAAACACCGGCCCCCAAGUGACUCACGGGAUUCAGCUGGGAUUGUGAGCUCUGCAACCGCGCUGGGCUCGGAUUCCGGAGGGUUCAAGGUAAAGUUUGCCUUGAGGGGUCAUUUGGACGUUAUCCGCGCUGUUAUCUUCACUGGCGGGGGAACGGCCAGUGAGCCGGAGAUUUGUACUGCCGGUGAUGAUGGUGUUCUCAAGAGGUGGUUUAUUUCGGGGAGCUACGGUUUAUCUAUGGGUCUUUCAGAUAUGGAUAUACAAAGCCAUUUCACCCAUAGGGGUCAUUCGGGAAUGGUUACAUGUUUGGCAGCUCGCCCCCUUGCUGGGGGAAGUGGUGACGAGGGUGUCUCCAAUACUGGAGGGUGGAUAUUCUCUGGGGGGCAAGACUCCACUGUGAACGUAUGGGAGGCGGGAAAGGUGGGGCCUAAGGCUACGCUCGUGGGACAUACCGAUGUGGUAUGGGCGGUCUGUGUUUUGCCGUCAGCACCUAAUGUCCUUGGUUCCUCAGACUCAUUUGAGAGAGUCCUCUUGGCAAGUGGCUCAGCAGAUGGGACGGUCAAAAUAUGGAGUGUAACUCCUCCGCCAUCACCACAGUCUCACUCGAAUACCGGUAGUAUGCGUGGAAGUUUUAGAGAUACCCCAUCUGCCGUUCCAUAUGCCAAUAAUGUUCCUUUCAAGUAUUCUCUUAUUUCUACAAUUACUCGAGAGGGCAUUAUCGCAAAUCCAACUUGCAUAACUCCAAUGUCCAUCACGGGCGAGACCUUUGUUGUCUCCUAUGAUGAUGCUGCUAUCAUUAUUUAUGAUACUGCGUCCGGGGAAGAAAUAGUUAGCAUGAUGAGCCAGGAGACCUAUGAUGGGACGCCGGCUUCGGGUGUCAAUGCGGUUGUGGCAUCAACUGUGAACCUUGAGAGCGGCGUCGAGACUGGUAGGGAGGACGAAGCCCUAAUGGCUGGAGCAACGGGUUUGAAGGGUGGAGUCAGCGGGAUGAUUAUUAGUGGGCAUGAGGACCGGUACGUGAGAAUAUUUGACGCUAAUAGCGGUAAGUUCCCGAUCAAGAUUCUUCAUGUUUGGCUGCGAGCACUGAGGCUGAUUUUGAAACGUUGAAGGCCAAUGCACGUACACCAUGCUUGCGCAUCCCGCCGCAAUUUCAAGCUUGGCGCUCUCCCCAGAUGGUAGAGAACUUGUCUCUGCUGGUCAUGAUGCAAGUCUGAGAUUCUGGAGCAUGGAAAAGAGAUCCUGCGCCCAAGAAAUCACAAGCCACCGGCUCAUGCGGGGCGAGGGGGUCUGUUCCGUUGUCUGGAGUGCGGACGGAAGGUGGGCGGUAAGUGGGGGAGGCGACGGUGUAGCUAAGGUCUUUGCAAGAUAGUGAG